AGGUUAACCCUAACCCUAACAUGGGAGUUGUGAUUUGACUUCAUCCAUCAUCAAUGGCCCAUGGCUCCCUCCGUCCCAUCAAAAUCUUGUUCGAUUCUCUUGCAGGUGUAGACGGAUCAGCCCGUUUUUCUUUUGGGGAUACUUGCACAGCACUCGCAUCCGUGAGUGGCCCAAUCGCAGCACGACCAGCAUCCGAACAUCCGGCUCGCGCGACAGUCGAAGUACACGUGCGCCCACUCUCCUCCGUGCCCGGAACCGCAGAAAAAUUACUAGGCUCUGCAUUCAAAGGAAUAAUAGAGAGUGCAUGCCUUCUUGGCCAGCAUCCACGCACCCUCAUUCAAGUCGUUGUCCAGGCGUUAUCGCAGCCGAGUAGCGCGCUCGUGGCGGCUAAAAUCAAUGCGUGCAGCCUCGCGCUUGUUAAUGCAGGCUCAAUACCCAUGAGAGGGGUCGUGUGCGCUGUGGUAGUGGGCCUGAGAAUGGACGGAAACAAGACAGAGUUUAUCCUCGAUCCUGAGGACGAGACGCGGCUAGAUGGCACAUUCUGCUUCGCGUUGUUGUUCGGAAUUACAUCGAGGUCGUUUCAGGGAAAAAUACCACCAUCGGAGGUCGUGUGGAUGAACUCUCGAACUUACAACGGGACCUCAAUAUCCUUGGAUACACACAAGUUCAAACUAGCUACGGAGCUUGCGCGCACGGGUGCGACCGAGGUGUGGUUACGGAUGAGAGAAAGCCUAGGGUGGCUUUCCAUCAGCCGUUGACGGGGAGGAAGAGAUGGAGGUCUAGCUUAGAGGCUGCAUUUGUUAUCUACUUCAGUGUGUGACUAGUGAUGCUGUUCAUGGAGCUGGAUAUUGCACAACAAGCCAGCACGGUGGGAGCCGCAAAAUUAAAACUCCUGACCUACGUAAUGACUGAUGCGCGUUAUAUUAUGUCCUACGACCUUUUUGAAGACAGGUCAGGUAAUUAUAGAGAAGGUUACAUCUGCAAGUUAUCCAAUACCCUCUGAACAG